UACCAGUGCUCGUCCCCACCCGAGGAGGGUAUAGUCCUAUCGUCCACAUCGGGUACACUGAGGACUAACUCCCGGUCCCCACCGCUAUCCGUCUCACCCAUGCGCGGGAACGACACGUCUGAGCAGCUAUUAAUGGAUCAGAUGGUGAUCGACAACUGUAUUGACCAACACUGCGAUGGUAUAGGAGUAGGUGGUGGCGGUCCCGGUGGCACCACUAUUGUCACGUGUAAUGCCUGUCCACCGAUGGCUAACAAUACUAUUAAUACAAAAGGCAUUUUAAAAUAUAAUAAAAAUUCGCCAAAUAAUCACACUAUGACUACGGGACGGGUCAAGUGCGCGCAGACUAAAAAGUGUUGCGUUUCGUGUCACUACGUGAAUACAAUGGUACCGGAGCUCCGGUACGACCCGAUCGGCGUCGAGACCGCGGAUAUACCGCACGAGUACUGCGACUCGUGAGACCUAUUUUGUGGGGUUUUAUACAAUAGUAUAGUAAAGGUA